ACAGCGAUCACAGCCACAACGAGCGCAAUUUCAAGGUCACCCACUCCUCGUGAACCUUGACACAAAGACUCGCGAAACAUUCUUUCUGUAAGGUGCUGUCUGAGCCAACCCAAUCACAAUACCUCUGUAUUUGAGUAUUCCUGACGAGACCUGCACCUAUUUGAUGAUCAACCAGCAUGCGCAGCUGAUUAAGAAUGGUGUAUCACACAGAAGUUCAAUCACAGAAGCAAUACCGGUGCGAAACGCUACCUGGCAAGAACCGCGCUGCAUUGACAACGUGCUCAUGACCCCCCCAGUAUUUUGAUGUUCUUCCAAUGAUUCUGCGAGUUCUACAGCUUGAUCUGUGUGUCUACCAAGCAAGAUGCCGCAGUAUGGCAGAUCGAUAUCCUGGACGCUCUACAUUUGUCCCUUGAGCGUAGUCCCCUUCUCUACGCUCUUCCAAUCCCACACAUCGACACCACAAAUCUCGCAUGCAGAAGUAACAACAGUGUACGUCCGAUGUAAGGCAAUGGCCAACACUUGUUUCCUGUAUCCCUUGGGCAGGCGCGAAGAACUGUCGGCUGGAACCCGGUCUGCCUUUGUGGUCCGACUCUGUGAUAUUGGCGCUUCUUUGAGAUCAGCCUCCAGUUGACCAGUACGUUCCGAUGCACAAAGCUGACGGCGGCAUCUACAGCGUCAGAACCCAUUCAUCUACGUUCGAUCGUUUUCAUCUCAACGACACGAAAGGCGGACGCUCCUAUUGCCUGCGCAACACUCAUCUUCUUAUGCAACCGCACCAUUCCAGUGCACCUCUUCUCGAGCAUUGCCUUGAGUGGUUGAGGCAGGCAAGAGAUCAGGCAGGUCUGCGCUUACAUCCAGCGCCUCAUAGGCAUUCAGGAAGCUCUCUCUGGACACGUAGUCGAGGAGCUAGUGACGACUGUGGGACAAAGGAGACGCGGGGCGUACCUCUCUAGAAAUUCUGAAAGACGUAAUUUUCCUGGUUUCAGACCUUUUGUUCCGGUGACAUUGAUGAGUGGAACGGUAGUUCGUAGAUGGUGCUAAAAAAGCAGGCAUGUUUAUGGGUCAAAGUCGCUAGCACAUUGCCCGCUGUGAGCAC